AUGGCGGCUUCGACUGCCAUCUCACCGAACUGCUCCGAUCUAGUCUACUCUUCAGCAUGUGGCACCUCGCCGGUUGUUGUGAUAGAAACACUUGUGUUGUUGACAAUGUUUCUGGGUUCUUUGAUCGGCAACGGACUCAUCUUGCUCGUAAUUCACCGGAGUCGACGAAGCGAAUGGACGACAAACUACUUUGUAUUAACUCUAGGAUUAUCGAACUUGACGAUUCCGUUUAUGUGUGUUCUGUGGACAAUAAUCUGGGUCAUGCGAGGUUCGUGGUUGUUCCACAGCGCAACCUGUAAAGUGACUUUCUUUUUCCAAUUCUUGAACGCUGGACUUUCAGCGGGUCUUCUCGCUUGUAUUUCACUCGAUCGGUUCUACAUUAUAGUGCAUCCGUUGCAGUUUAAAAUGAGUCGUUCCCAGACUAAGAAACUCAUCAUAUAUGUGUGUAUUUUCAUGGUUUGUUUGUCUGCACCGGCCUUAUUCUUCUUCAAAUCACUGUCUGGACCGGGCUUACUCUUCUUCGAAUCACAAGAAUAUCAGUCAUCGGACGUUGAGUUCUGUCUCGUUAAUUUCUCCUCAGUUUACUGGAAAGCCUAUAUAGUGCUGUUUUUCGUUUGUGCUUUUUGUUUUCCUUUAUUAUUCACCCUGGUCAUGUACACACGGAUCACAUAUGCUGUCAUCACCAGAAAUCGUCACGCUCAAAAUUACCCGAACAGUUUUAGAAGACAGACAUUCCGCGUUCCGCGUUCGAAAGUCAAAGUUCUUCGUAUGUUGUUUUUGCAAUGGCUUGUGUUUGUUAGCUGCUGCCUGCCUUAUUUCUUCAGCCUUGUUCUGUGGACGUUUAAAAGAAGCACAUGGACUGAGCACUUGUACAUAGCCUUGUUGUUACUUUCAUUUUCUAAUGCGACGUUAAAUGUCGUAAUUUAUGCCCUUUUCAAUGGGGAUUUUCGGCAGGGAUGCAAGAGGGUUUUCUGUAAGCCCGAUGCGUCACAAGCUUACCGUCUAACAUCACUUGGACGAAAGCAUCGGGUCUCGCCGUUUGAAUUUAGCUCCGAUCAUGGAGAUGGCCUGUACGAACUUCGACUACCCGAGCACAAACCAGUUGAAAAGGCAAUCCAUCUAAACGUUAAUAUGCGAGGUGUGAACGGUUGUUUUAAUACCUUAGAGAAGCAAACUCAAGCGUGGGUUAGGAGCAAUAGUGACCGACAAGGCAGUAUUUAA